AUGCGAAUCCUCGUGACCGGCGCGGCUGGAUACAUUGGAAGCCAUACAACGCUUGAAUUGGUAGAAUCUGGGUACGAGGUGAUGUGCAUCGACAACUUCUCCAAUUCCAUUUCUGAUGGCAAAGGACAUGCAGUUUCGUUAUUACGAGUGAGCGAGUUAGUCGGAGAACCAAUACCAUUCCAAGAGUGCGAUGUGUGCAACUUGGAACAGUUGGAUGCUGUUUUUUCGAAAGGUAACUUCGAUGGCCUGGUUCAUCUGGCCGCACUGAAAGCUGUUGGUGAAUCUGUGGACAAGCCAUACGAAUACUAUUCGAAUAAUAUCAUUGCUAGUCUCAAUCUCAUUAAGAUGUGUCAGAAGUAUAACGUUAAGAAUUUCAUCUUUUCUUCAAGCGCAACGGUCUACGGCGUGCCUAAGGAGCUUCCUCUAACAGAAGAGUGUCAAACUGGUCUGGGUAUAACUAAUCCUUAUGGACAAACGAAAUAUAUGAUGGAACAAAUUUUGAUUGACGUUGGGAAGGCGAAUCCGGAAUGGAAUAUUAUUUUACUGCGCUAUUUUAAUCCUGUUGGUGCUCAUCCAAGUGGACGAAUAGGUGAAGAUCCGAAGGGUAUUCCCAACAAUCUCAUGCCGUUUGUUAGUCAGGUUGCCAUUGGUAAAUUACCGGUUCUUACAAUUUUCGGAGAUAAAUGGGAUACACCUGAUGGAACAGGAGUGCGGGAUUUCAUUCACAUAGUUGACCUUGCACGAGGACAUGUGAAAGCUCUUGACAGAAUCCAAAGAGAAGGUCACGUUGGAAUUGAAGUUUACAAUCUUGGAACCGGUACUGGGUACUCAGUUAAGGAGAUGGUUGCAGCCUUUGAAAAAGCAAGUGGACGUAAAGUGGCUACUGAGGUUGGACAAGUAUCCUAG